CAAUGUCCGGGUGGCCAACGAUGCCCGGGAGCUGGUGGUGAACUGCUGCACUGAAUUCAUUCACCUUAUAUCUUCUGAAGCCAAUGAGAUUUGCAAUAAAUCGGAAAAGAAGACCAUCUCGCCAGAGCACGUCAUACAAGUUUAAGAACAUGGACUUUGAAGAUCACAUACACACAACAGAGGGAGUUCUAAGCUUAUAAGGUGUUCCUUUUAUUUCGUUGCUGGGUUUCUGUGAACACAUAUCUUUAAAUGAGUACUAACAUGUUCUGUUGCAUUAUGGAAAGAAUUGACAUUGAGAGUUAGGAGCUGCAGGUUCUGUACCGGAAAGUCUGGCCUUAGGCAAAUCUGUUAACUAAGGUUUCCCCAUUUAUGUAUAAAUAAUACUUAAUGGUUUCAGGUAUAAUUAGCAAUUACUGAGAAUCUGUCAGGAUUGAGAAACUUACAUGAAAUAUGCUACAAUAAAUAAUAAUUUAAAAACUUUAUAGUGAUACUGAUUGAAAUAUAAAGCUGAAAGUCUGUUAUGUUUAACCUUACAUCAUGAUGCCAUUUGUAAAGCCAAAGUGUAUUGUAAAUAAGAAUAUUUUAAGUGAUAUUAUUUUAUUUCUGCAUUUUAAAUCUCUUGCUACAUUUUUUUUUCCUCAUGUUUUUGAGAAUAGUAACUGAAAGUAGUGAAAGUUUGAAAAAGUCUCCGAGGAUUCACUUCUUCAGCAGUUGUGUUGCUCCAAGCUCUGUGUUGAAGGACUUUUUAAAAAAAUUAUAACCCCUCUCACACUGGUACUUUGGUAAAAUACAAAAAAAAUGGAUCACUAGAAAAACAAUGAAAUUUUUUGAUACUGCAUUCAAUAGAAAUAAAAUUACUUUGUCAAAUUGCUAUGAAGUUUCUUCUUUUUCCCCCCAGCUUUUUGAAAUAUAAUUGACAUGUAGCAUUGUGUAAGUUUAAGGUUUACAAUGUAAUGAUUUGAUGUGUGUAUAUAUUAUGAAAUAAUUACCACAAUAAAAUUAGUUAACACAGCCAUCACUUCACAUAGUUACAGUUUUGCCGUGAAGGUUCUUAAAAUGCUUACUUUGAAUUUCCGUACUUAACUCAUUGCAGACCAUUACAGGCAUUUCUGGCACAAGUCCAUGGACCACACUUUGAGAAUCUUGCUCUAAAGCCUAAACCACAGUCUGUUUUGGAAAGUGGAUGUGGAGUAGUUUUGAAAUCAGAGGAUCUGAGUGAUUGCAGAGAAGUUGUAAUAAUAAGAAGAAUGAUAUUGUAUUGCCUAAAUAAUCAUCCAUACUGAAAUUUUUUUCUGAAGGGACAUGUAAUUUACAUUGCACAAUUUAUCACAUAAUCAGGUGCUUUUCAAGUUAGGAUUUUACUGUUUUCUUUAAAACUGGUAUGUAUUUUGUUUUUGUUUUCCUUCUGCCACCCAGCAGUUACUUUUGAAUACUGCUGUGUACUUGGCACUGUACUAGAUACUGCUAAGGAUAUAAAGAUGAAUGAUAUUUGAUUCUUGCUCUGCCAUCCGUCUCUCAUUGUUGUCCCAGAUUCCCACGAGUGGUGAUACCAUAGAGGGCAUGAUUCUUAAGGGUCUUUGUCAGGCCAGUAAGCCAAGAAGUCACUUUGGCCUACAUCCUCUUAAUAUAUUUUAAGCUAACUACAUCACCUCCAUACCUCCAUCACCUAACAUACAAACAAAAGAAAAUAGAGAAAUUAGAGAAUGCUAUUUUUUAUAUUUUAGUUUUUUCAAAUGAAAAGCAUGCAUUAUGCAUAUGAAGUAUAAAGUAAUUCACACAAAUUCAUGUUAUAACAAAACUUUUUUUUUUUUUUUUUUUGCGGUACGCGAGCCUCUCACUGCUGUGGCCUCUCCCGUUGCGGAGCACAGGCUCCGGACGCGCAGGCUCAGCGGCCAUAGCUCAUGGGACCAGCCGCUCCGCGGCAUGUGGGAUCUUCCCAGACCAGGGCACGAACCCGUGUCCCCUGCAUCAGCAGGCGGACUCUCAACCACUGUGCCACCAGGGAAGCCCUAUAACAAAACUUCUUGAGGAGUACAUCAUUUUUGGUCCUGUAUACUUACUAGCAUACUCUUAAGUGUAAGAGAAAAGAUAUAGAUGAAUAAAAAAAGUCCCGGCGCCUGCCAGCCUGUGACCUCGCGGCGCCGCCUCUGCAGGUCUGCUGCGAUGCCUGUCGCGGUGGAGAACAUCAUGAGGCUCCUGUGCUCCGUUUCCGAGGAGAGGAAAAUGCGGGCGGCCGUCAAGCACUCUGGGAGGGGCGGCCUGGUCACAGGGGCCGUGGCCUUCGUUGGUGGUUUGGUGGGCGGGCCACCAGGACUAGCCGUUGGGGGGGCCGUCGGGGGUUUGUUAGGCGCUUGGAUGACAAGUGGACAGUUUAAGCCAGUUCCUCAGAUCAUAAUGGAGCUGCCAUCUCCUGAGCAUCAGAAGCUCCUUAACGAAGCCACUGCCAUCGUCAGGCGCCUGGAAUGGACAGACGCCGUGCAGCUGACCAUCCUGGUCAUGGGCAGUGAGGCCCUGCAGCAGCAGCUGCUGGCGAUGCUGGCCAACUACGUCACCAAGGAGCUCCAGGCGGAAGUGCAGUGCGACGGCUAGGCCUCUGCUCCGGGAAGCGGGGUCCAUUUAGAUGAUUCCCGCCGACUCAUGGAAGGUGACUGGGGAGCUGCAAGAAGCCCCACAUCAUCAGAAUAUUACCCUAAACUGUAGCGAAGUCUCUUGCUGGAGAGGCUGGGGCUGUGCUAUAUCAUGUUCUGGAAAUUAUUUAAGAUGCCGUGUUUUGUGGCCGUGUGCACCUGUGUGCCCUGACAACCCUUCAACUGGGAAGCUGGUGAACAGUAAAGCCGUGACUGCUGCCACGUAGCGGCAGUUUUCUGAAUCUACUCUCGCUCACAUAGGGGCUGGAAGAAGGUCUUCACGUUCAGCCUUCUCAUCUCAUCACGUGAAGAUGAUACCUGUCCAGGCAGCCGUUGCCUGACCAGCCCUCCCUUGGGACCUUGGGGCUGUCCCCUGCUGGAAUCAUGUUUACCUCUUGAACGCCCCUUCCCCACCCAGUGACUUCUGAGUGGCCUCAGGGACGGGGCAGUUGGCCUGCUGAGUAAAGCCACAAACGUCAGUGGCACCCAGCCUCUCCCCCAGUAGCUGCCCGACUGGGCUCUCGCCCUCCCAGGGGCUUGCUUUCCCCAUCUGAAAAGUCAUAGUAGUUCUUGAGUGAUGUUUUUUAAAUUAAAUAUUUUCAGUAAAAUUAUUGCUCUUUCUGAAGUGGUAGAAUUAUAAACUAAGAAAUGUGCCCACCCUAAAUUUCACCCUAAAUUUCCCCUAAUUUCCCCUAAAUGUUUUCUGAACAACAACAACAAAAAGAUGAAUAAAAGAUGAAUAAUAUGUCCAAGUUAAGGGACUCUUACAUGUUAGACACUGUGUUG